UUUUUUUUUUUGGUGCGCAUUAUAAGAUUCCUCAAUUGUCAAGAGCAGCAGUCCCACUACCCGAUGUCCACCUCUUCGUAUUACCAAAAUACAAUUUAGGAAAAACAGAGAAAAAGGAAUUGGGGUUUCUCUAAAUCAACUAUUCAAGGGUUUGAGGCUCAAUUUUUGGGCCAGGUUGUGAUGGGGAAGGAAGAGUUAGGUGCCUUGCCAAACAAGAAACCGACUUUAACCGCCAUUGGAACACUGAAGUCUCCAUCUCUACGUGAUUACCCACAGAAAGGUGUCAGUGAUGAGUUAAAGCUUUCGAAGCCUCAGUUUCACUUUGGUUUUUGGCCGUCCAGUAGGAUUUCUACAAAGGGUGAAGCACUUGGUAUGGACAAAGAAGACGCAGAAGAAGACCCAGAAGAAGAGCCUGAAGAGGACUCCGAGCAAGACCCAGAAGAAGACCCCCAAGAGGAUCCGGGGGAAGACCCUGAAGAAGACCCUGAGGAAGACCCCGAAGAAAAUGCUGAGGAAGACUAUGAACCACAUAGCCCGUUCUACUAUGGCAAGAAGGAAUUUGAACAUUUCAGCAUUUCUGUGCGAAAUGAAGCGGAAGACUGUGCUGUUGUGGAAGACGAAAAUAAAUAUGGUAGUUUUCAUGUUAAGGAUGCAUGUGACACUGAUGGUAUUAAAAAUGUUGAUGUUCCUAAUGAAAUUUGGAUUGAGGAGCAGGAUGACCAACCUGGUGAUGACAAACAAGAAAAGAGAAUAGACAAUAACAAUGCACACUUCUCUGUACUUUUAGGGGAGAAGCAUGGAAAAAAGAAUCAGAAGUCUGAAGUAUUUGUUGGAGGCCUGGAAAAUGCUUUAGUAGAAGCCCAAAAGAAAAAUGGUAGCUUUCAUCCUGAGGAUGCAUGUGACACAGAAAAUAUGAAAUAUGUUCAUGUUGCUAAUGAAACUGGGAUUGAGGAGGAAGAUGACAAAGAAAAAGAUGAGAUGGUAGAUAAUGAUAACGAACACUUCUUUGCAGAUUUAGAGGCAAGACAUGGAAAGAAGAAUCAGAAGACUAAAGUACAUUUUGGAGGCCUGGGCAAUGCUGUAAUAGAAGAUGAAAAGAAGUGUGGUUCUUUGCAUGCUGAGGAUGCACGUAGUGCAGUAGAGGAGGAUAUGAAAUAUGUUGGUGUUGUUGAUAAAACUAGGAUUGAUGUGGAAGCCAAAUGUGCAUAUGUAAAACAAGUUGGGAUAGUAGUAAAUAGGAACAAUGAACACUGCUUUGUAGUUCCAGAGAAUAGGCACAAAGAAAAAGAUCAGGAGACUCAAGUACUUGUUGGAAGCCUGGAUGGGAACACAGAGGGAAAGUUUGUGGGAGGAGAUAAAUAUUGCUGUUUGCCUUCGGAUGAUGCAGGUGAUGUUGUAGACGAGGAUUUGGAACAUGUUUCUAAUGUAACUGUAGUUGAUCAAGGGGAUAAUGAUGACCCUGAAGAUGAUGAAGAAGAUGAAAUGGUUAAUACCAAUGAUUGUUACUGUCAUGCAGCCGUGAAGGACAGAAAUAGGGUAUUUAUAGGAGGUUUGGAUGACAGAACAACUGAAGAUGAUAUUAAGAAAAUUUUCUCUAGAGUUGGUGAGAUUACAGGAAUUAGUUUGUUGACCAACUCAUUGACAAAUAAAAGAAAGGGCUUUGCAAUUUUAACUUUUGCUACUUCCGAACAAGCAAAACGUUCUAUUACAGAGAUCAGAAACCCAGUGGUCAAUGGGAAGCUGCUUAGUGCGUCUCUAUAUAAAGAUCGCAAUACCCUUUUUCUUGGCAACAUAUGUAAGAGAUGGACAAAAGCAAUUUUAGGAAAUAGACUGAAACAUUUUGGAGUUGAGAAGUUGGAGAAUUUGAAAUUAAUGGAAGAUCUUAAGAAUGCAGGAAUGAAUCGUGGAUUUGCCUUCUUGUGCUUCUCGUCCUAUCCAGAUGCCCUGAAUGCUUAUAAGCGUCUUCAAAUGAGCGAUGUUGACCUUGGGGCUGAUAGAUCUGCCAAAGUUGCAUUUGCAUUACCUUUUACUGAGCCGUGGGAUAGACAAAAAGUUAAAGGCAAAUUAUCGCAGCCAGUUCAGAAUGGAACAUGGAAGCAUGUUCUUCGUGGAAAUUAUCCUCUUAGGAGGAAGCAUGGCUCUAGAAGCAUUAACGCUGGGAGCGUUAUGAAUCAGAAAAUAGAAAAAAGACCCUACAUGGAACUAUAUUCUGGAUCCAGAAGGUCAGAAGAAUAUGGAGGUAAACAGGCUUUCAUGGUCAAAUCAGAUAAAGCUUUUUCUCACCACAAAAAUCAUAAGAAGAUUUAUUAUCAUAGACUUGAUGAACUUGAUGAACUCGAUGAAUUUGCUUUGAGAGACGGACCUUCUCAAAAGUAUGAUUAUUGUAGACGUGAUGAACUCAAUAAACUUGCUUUGAGAGACAGACCUGAAAAGUAUGAUUAUUAUAGGCGUGAUGAACUCAAUGAACUUGCUUUGAGAGAAAGACCUGCUAAAAUGUAUGAUCCUGUAUUCAAAAAGCAACGCAGAAGUCAACAUCCUCCUAGCGAAUCUGGAAACCUGGUUGAUUUGUAUGGAGAUGCAUCCCAUGAUCAAGCAAGGUCUUCUUACAUAGAUGAAGGUUUUGGCCAAAGAUUUGGACGGCAUACUUCAAUUCACCGCGUAGAACAUCCUCAUGAUGAUGAUCCAUUUCGUAUGAAACGCCGGUACUCUGAAUUGGAUGAUGUUCCUUCUACUGCCCCCGUCCGUGUGCGAAGACCUCACUUGGAUUAUGAAAGCAGUGCUGAAGUUUCUCACCAUGGGCAUGCCUACAGCAAUAGGGUCGAAAGAUUUUAUCCUAAAUAUGCUUGCAGCAACAGUACACAUUAUCUCGGUCAAAGAAUAGGUGAAUGUUGCUGUUGUCUUCAAGACAUAGGCGACGUAAGAGACUCUGUUGGUGAUGUUGAUUAUUGUGAAAUGCACUCGCCAAGUUAUAUCGAUGACCACCCAAGUGAAAGCUGUUUCCGUCAUCAAGAUAUGGUUUUAAGUAGGGGUUCUGUUCGUGAUGUUGAUUAUGGUGAACUGCACCCUCUAAGUUACAGCAAUGUUUACCCAUCGGCUGUUGCCAAUCACUCAUACUCUUCAUCUCUACGUUCCAGCCAUCAUCUGUCAGCUCAUUUUACUUACCAUGAAGAUUUCGGUUUUGAAUAGUACUGUAGAAGUAGCACAUAUAAAAUGGGAGUAUUUCGAUGAAAACUCAAAAUAAAGGACCUAGGGGAUAAAAAUCUUCUCAACAUGCUGUAACUAUACGUUGGGAAUAGGAUUUAACUUUUUAUAUAUUUUUUACUAUUUCUGUUGCUUUCAAA